CAGGGAAGCGGCGUCUCCAGCGGGUGCUGCCGCGACCGGCCGGCCGAGGGGGCUGGAAAUGAAAGUAAAGCGCUCCGGAGCCACAUGGACGGAGCUGCCGGGGCGGCGGCGCCGGGAGCAGGAUGCUGCCGCCCGUAAUUAAAUAGCAUUUACUCUUAUUAUUACUAAUAAUAAUAACGUAAUCAUACCUCUAGUCAUAGCAUACCAUUUAUCAGGCUCGGCGCAGGCCCGCGGGGGAGCGCAGCCCGGCCGAGAGACUGAUGGAGAGGCAGAAACGGAAAGCGGAUAUUGAGAAGGGGCUGCAGUUCAUUCAGUCGACACUACCCCUAAAGCAAGAAGAAUAUGAGGCCUUUCUGCUCAAGCUGGUGCAGAAUCUGUUUGCCGAGGGCAAUGACCUGUUCCGGGAGAAGGACCACAAGCAGGCCCUGGUGCAGUACAUGGAGGGGCUGAACGUGGCCGACUACGCUGCCUCUGACCAGGUGGCCCUGCCCCGGGAGCUGCUGUGCAAGCUAUACGUCAACAGGGCUGCCUGCUACUUCACCAUGGGCCUGUAUGAGAAGGCGCUGGAGGACAGCGAGAAGGCGCUGGGCCUGGACGGCGAGAACAUCCGGGCACUGUUCCGCAAGGCGCGGGCGCUCAACGAGCUGGGCCGCCACAAGGAGGCCUACGAGUGCAGCAGCCGGUGCUCCCUCGCCCUGCCCCACGAUGAAAGCGUCACUCAGCUUGGCCAGGAGCUGGCUCAGAAGCUUGGGCUGCGAGUCCGGAAGGCAUAUAAGAGGCCCCAGGAAUUGGAAACCUUUUCUCUGCUCAGUAAUGGCACUGCGGCUGGUGCGGCAGAUCAGGGGACGUCCAAUGGAUUGGGGUCCAUAGACGACAUCGAGACAGACUGCUUCGUGGACCUGCGCGGCUGCCCGGCCCCCAUCCACUCGGCCCCCAUGAUGCCCCUGUUCCCUCAUGUUCUGGACCUGCUGGCCCCCCUGGACAGCGGCAGCAGGGCCCUGCCCGGCCCUGAGAGCCUGGACGACUUCCCAGAUGGGGACGUCUUUGGUCCAGAGCUGGACACCCUCCUGGACUCGCUGUCUCUGGUCCAGGGCGGCCUGCCCGGCAGCGGCAUGCCCAGUGAGGUGCCCCAGCUGAUCCCCGUGUUCCCCGGCGGGACCCCGCUGCUGCCGCCUGUGGUGGGCGGCUCCAUCCCCGUCUCCAGCCCGCUGCCCCCUGCCUCCUUCGGCCUCGUCAUGGACCCCUCCAAGAAGCUGGCCACCUCCAUGCUGGAUGCCCUCGACCCCCCAGGCUCCGCACUGGACCCCCUGGGCCUGCUGCCGUAUUCCGAGACCCGGCUGGAUGCCCUCGACAGCUUCGGGUCCACCCGCAGCUCCCUGGACAAGCCUGACUCCUUCUCCCUGGAGCCAGGGCGGGUGACCCCUGUAUCUUCUUCCUGCCCAGAGGAGACCAACUCGCAGGACCAUCGCCCCCCAAGCGGUGCUCAGAAACCAGCCCCCUCGCCAGAGCCCUCCAUGCCCAACACCGCCUUGCUCGUCAAGAACCCCUUGGCUGCCACCCACGAGUUCAAGCAGGCCUGCCAGCUCUGCUACCCCAAGACAGGCCCCAGGGCGGGAGACUACACGUACCGGGAGGGCCUGGAGCACAAGUGCAAGCGGGACAUCCUGCUGGGCCGCCUGCGGAGCGCCGAGGAUCAGACCUGGAAGCGGAUCCGGCCCCGGCCCACCAAGACCAGCUUCGUGGGCUCCUACUACCUGUGCAAAGACAUGAUUAACAAGCAGGACUGUAAGUACGGGGAUAACUGCACCUUCGCCUACCAUCAGGAGGAGAUCGCCGUGUGGACGGAGGAGAGGAAGGGCACCCUCAACCGCGACCUGCUCUUCGACCCGCUGGGGGGCGUCACACGCAGCAGCCUCACCAUCGCCAAGCUCCUAAAGGAGCACCAGGGCAUCUUCACCUUCCUCUGCGAGAUCUGCUUUGACAGUAAACCCCGGAUCAUCAGCAAGGGCACCAAGGACUCUCCGUCCGUCUGCUCCAACCUGGCAGCCAAGCACAGCUUCUACAACAACAAGUGCCUGGUGCACAUCGUCCGCUCCACCUCCCUCAAGUACUCCAAGAUCCGCCAGUUCCAGGAGCACUUCCAGUUUGACGUGUGCCGCCACGAGGUGCGCUACGGCUGCCUGCGGGAAGACAGCUGCCACUUCGCCCACAGCUUCAUCGAGCUCAAGGUCUGGCUGCUGCAGCAGUACUCAGGCAUGACCCACGAGGACAUCGUCCAGGAAUCUAAGAAAUACUGGCAGCAGAUGGAGGCCCACGCGGGGAAGGCUGGCAGCAGCUUGCAGGGCGCCCCCCGGACCCACGGGCCCAGCACAUUUGACCUGCAGAUGAAGUUUGUGUGUGGGCAGUGCUGGAGGAACGGGCAGGUGGUGGAGCCUGACAAGGACCUCAAGUACUGCAGUGCCAAGGCCCGGCACUGCUGGACCAAGGAGCGGCGGGUCCUCCUGGUGAUGUCCAAGGCCAAGAGGAAAUGGGUGUCGGUGCGGCCGCUGCCGUCCAUCCGCAACUUCCCGCAGCAAUAUGACCUCUGCAUCCACGCACAGAACGGCCGCAAGUGCCAGUACGUGGGCAACUGCUCGUUCGCACACAGCCCCGAGGAGCGGGACAUGUGGACCUUCAUGAAGGAGAACAAGAUCCUGGACAUGCAGCAGACCUAUGACAUGUGGCUGAAGAAACACAACCCAGGGAAGCCCGGGGAGGGGACCCCCAUUGGCUCUCGGGAAGGGGAGAAGCAGAUCCAGAUGCCCACGGACUACGCGGACAUCAUGAUGGGCUACCACUGCUGGCUCUGCGGCAAGAACAGCAACAGCAAGAAGCAGUGGCAGCAACACAUCCAGUCCGAAAAGCACAAAGAGAAGGUCUUCACGUCCGACAGCGAUGCCAGUGGCUGGGCCUACCGCUUCCCCAUGGGCGAGUUCCGGCUCUGCGACAGGCUCCAGAAGGGCAAGGCCUGUCCGGACGGGGACAAGUGCCGCUGCGCCCACGGGCAGGAGGAGCUCAACGAGUGGCUGGACCGGCGCGAGGUGCUGAAGCAGAAGCUGGCCAAGGCCCGCAAGGACAUGCUGCUGUGCUCCCGGGACGACGACUUUGGCAAAUACAACUUCCUGCUGCAAGAGGACGGGGACGCUGCUGGGGCUGCCCCAGAAGCCCCUGCCGCCACUGCUGCUGCCACCACCGGGGAUUAGGGCCAGGUCUUGGCCACGGGCAAAGUCCUGGGGACAGGGGGCAGGGGUGAGGACACAGGGCCUGACAGAGGGGCCAGGGCUGGCCAAGGAAGGGGUGGGCUUGCCCUCCUCAGGCAGCCCCCAGCCCCCCAGGUUCCCGUCCUCCUCUCUGUCCCCACUGCCCCAGGUGUGCGUACCCAGGUGCACGAGCUGCAGCUCCGAGCGUUCCCAGGGGCCUCCCACCCCCCACCCCCAUGGCUCUCCUGGUUGGGGAGGGACAGGCCUGGCUGCCCCUCCAGCCUCAGCCUUCAGCUUUAACUUCGGUCUGCUCCUAAAGGGGGCCCAAGCUCAGGGCUGGGGAGCCUGGGGUCCCCACUUGAAUCUGCAGCGGGAGGGCCCUUCUCCCUGCCCUACCCCACCCCAGCCCCUCCCUGGAGGGAGAUCAGGACGCAACAGAGUGCAGGAGGCCCCACUUAGCUUUAAAAUGCAGCCCCAGGAUGGAGCUGGGGACCCUGUACUGGUCGCCCGCCCUCCGGGGCUCAGUUUCCCCUCUGGUUGGGAGGCAUGGAGCCUGACCGAGGAGCCUGGGUUCUGUAAGGGCACCACCCAGCCCCUGUCCCUCCUGGGCCAUAGGAUGGAGAUGGCCGAGCCAUGGAGCCUUUGGAGGUGACUCAGCCCAGAGCCCUGUUUCUUGUCUGGGAACCCUGAGGCCGGGAGGGGAACAGCCCCCUGCCCAGGGUCUCCAGCCCCCGGCAUAAGGCAGCACUGAGGUGAAAACAGUGGUCAAAUGACUUACCCAGUUACCGGCUGAAGCCUCCAGGCUGCUCGUUAGAGACGUGACGGUCCCCAAGUCGGUGUGUGACGGGGUUGGGGGGUGCAGGGGGAGGUUGGUCGUGACACCCCUCCGGGGGUGGCUGUGGGGGGCAGCAGAGGUCACCUGCCUGCCAAGAAUCCCAGUGCUGACUGCCUGCCUCGGGGGAGGUGGCGGAGGGCAGGGCACCUGGGAGCUCAGGUUCUGCACGGGGAGGGGGCGAGGAGAGAAGGGUCAGCCCUGGGUGUCGUGGGCCGCCCUGGGAGAGGACACAGCCCCUCCUUCUUGGGGCUCCAGUAUGGUCCUCUCCCUUUUCUCCCCUAGACCCAGACAAACAAUUAAGACUCCCUACCCCAGCCCCUCCUUAGUCCCUGGCCCCACCAGCUGCCUGGGACCCCAGCUGACCCCCAGCCCCUGCCCCCCUCAACGAGCCCUCUCCCAUCCCUCUCGUCUGACAUGUCUGCGUGCACCCCCUCCUCUCCAUUCCACCCCCAUGGGCAGAUCCGGCCUCCCCUGGUUCCCCAGACAUUCCAGAACGUCCCGCGCUAUUGGCACAAGGAGUGGGGCACCCCCAGAAGGAACCAUGGACUGAGGCUGGGUGGAGGGAGUGAGAUGGAGAGAACGGAAUACCCCUUACUUCUCCUCCAGCAAGGGUUGGCACCAUGUUGAUGACAAAAUGACGGGCUUCCAGGCUGCAGGGAACCUGUUCCUCUUGCCGCCACUGCCCGGCCUUUCCCCGAUAAUCAUGGCAUGCACCCUGUCCUCUCCCCAGCACCCCCCAGCCGGCCAGCACCGCAGCCUUCGGGUGCUGGUGGCGUGGCUGGUGAGGAGGAGAGCCCACACCCAGGCGGAGCCGUGGCCGUGAAUGUCAGUGACACUUGUUCCCCAACCCGUGGUGUUGCAGUCUGUCGUCACCAGCCUUGUUCUUAGUGUGUAUAUAUGUCGCCCCCGUGAUGCAUAUAUACACAGGUAUUAAAUAUAUCACUCUAUAUAAUAUUAUAUAUGUGUGUGGUAUCCAAGAGAUCACUUCUACUGAGGGCUAAAGAUUAAGGACUUGGCCAGGAAAUGCAGCCAUCCUGGUGUGAUUCGGAGGUUUUUUGGGGGGUCACCAGCAGGCCAUAUGCAAGGAGACUGGAACCAGAGCUGUGGGUCAGAGGUGAAUUGGGCAGUGGGAUGGGCACGGCUCCCGCCUGGGUCCAGCUCUGCCUGAAAGCCCCCAGCUCUCCCCAGCCUGGCAGGGCGAGAGUGCAAGUGCUCAGGGAAAGAAAAUGACUUGUUGGCUCCCACGCUAUGGGACAAGUUUGGAGUCCAGGUUUUUCUUCUCCAGUCUGUUAUCUGUCUGUGGUCCCUUGGGAUCCAGGGGUGCCUGGUCUGACCAAAGCUGGUUCACCCCCAGGACUGGGAAGAGCGAGAGAGGCAGGGAGUGUCUGGGGGUGGGUGGGAGGAAAACAAGAAAACGUUUUUAAUGAUGAGGUUAUUUUGGCUGUGACCCCCCCCAAGGCCCCUGGCUGGGAGGCUCUGGGAUUUGAAUCAGGGGCCUGUGCCCACUCCUAGCAGGCAGGGACAAGAUGGCAGUGGGAUUGGGGUGCCCCUAAUGGGGGUGUCCCUUUGUGGUGGGGGGCCCGGGGAAGGAUGCUGCAUUUCUCAUCUGGACAGUAAUGGAUUCAACAGUCCUUUAAAAAUGUCUGUGUAUUAAAAUUUUAAGAAUACCACACUUUAAUAUUAAAUAUUCAAAAGGUCUAGUAUCUUGAUAAUAAUGUAGAUGUUUUAAUAACAAUUUUUGUCCUUCUUAAAAUAAAAUGAAAGAAACUUGC